UUCCAAAAACUGGGGGUGUGAUUAAGGACAGACAGAAGGUGACUGUCAUCAUACCGGGCUCUGUGGUAACCGUGACGACAGUCAGCGGGGUGUACAGAGCCUUCAGCUACCACUGCAGGUGAUAAAGAUGAAUGUGUGCUACUGGAGGGAAAAGGUCCCUGGCUCCUACAACGUCCAGCACCGCUUCCCCUGCUUCAUCCAGCUGGAGUCAGAGGAGGCUAAGCAUUACAUCUACGGCCUCCCAUCCAAUGAAUACCCAGGCCUGAUGAAGAUUUGCUGCCACAAGGGCCCUGAGACGGACCCUGACGAGAGGGACAGACAGACAGAGAGGGGGGACAUAGACAUCCUACAGCGCUACAUCAUCCGCUGCUUCCCUGGCCUGGUGCCCAUCCCUGCUGUGGUGGAGAGCUGCAUGUACACAGUCACGCCAGACAACCAUUUUGUCCUGGCCCACCAUCCCACUCACAGUAACAUCGUCAUCGGAGCAGGCUUCUCAGGUCACGGGUUCAAGUUUGGCCCAAUCGUUGGCAAGCUGCUGUGUGAACUGAGCCAGGGAGAAGUGCCCUCCUAUGACCUCUCCCCCUUCAGAAUCAGACGCUUCCAAGCCCACUCCAAGUCAGCACUGUAGGAUCGGGAUCACUGGCUAUAACAUUGAAGACUUGAAUGUGCCAAACCACAAAGAAUAAUUGAAUGAAGAUAGCAAUGGCCUUAACCAUUUUCUCAGGAAUCAGACCUUUACAAAAUGAAGAUAUUGAAGGUUUUCAUACCAGUGUGGCUGAAGCCUACACAAACAAUGGCCGCUGGCAAAUAAAUACGUACUUUUCUAGCUAAUUGUUGAGAAAAGUGACGUAGGGACGAGAGCCUUGAAAUGAGAUGUGGAAACAAUUCAAUGAUUCAUUAAAGCUGAUCUCUCA